GGGUGGGAAGGGGGCGGCAAGGGGAGGUCCGAGGGGUCAGGGCAGUGCACAAGGUGCUGCUGGCAGAUUUUCUCCCCAUGGAGAGCAGAGAGGGGUGAUGGGAUCGGGAGCUCCUCAUUCCAGGGGCUCUCCUGCAGUGUGGGUGCUUCCGUGUUGAUGCUGACGUACUUUCUGUUGACUGUCUUCCCUUCCCAGUAACUGUUACCACCCUCACAUCCUGUCUUCUACCUGAAGUGAGAUGGGCUAGAGAAACAGGCCUGCAGAAUCGGAGACUUUGGGCCCAAAGUCUCCCAGUCCCUGGGGGCUUAGAGCCAUGAUACGAGUUUUGUCCAACUCCAGCACCAGCCCAGUCAGUCCUUCAGGUUGGCCAGCUGGGAUGGGACUUCCAGGGGCUUCCUGGACCAAGCGCCCCCGACUCCAAGCUGCAUGUAGCUCCAGCCGGCUCUCGUGCCUCCAAGCCUUUGCUCAGGCUGUGCUGUGCCCUCUACAAGCCUGCCUCCCCACCCCAGUCCAACCGGCAAGGCCCCUCUCCUCCUUCACGGCUCUGCUUUUAAAUGCUACAGUGCCUACUUUGGUUUUGCUGGCAUUAGUGUGUGCUUACUAAGGAACAGCUGCUUGCAGAGAAAGUUCUAGGCAUUAUCUCAUUUAAUUUUCAUAUGAGGUAAAGUACCAUUAUGUUACCCGACUUAGAACUGAGCAGAGAAAGGAAAAAAUUACCUUGCUGUAUAGGUAGGAAGACAGAGAUGGAAUUCUCCCAAGAGAGACUUGAGAUCCAGAGCUGCACUGCAGGGGUUCAACUCCCAGCCCUGCUACUUAACUAGCUUUGUGCCCUGGGCAAGUUCCUGCCCUGGGCGGCAGUUUCUUCAACCAACAAUUGGGGCUGCUUACCUCUUGGUGCUGUUGUGAAAUUGUGGACUGAUUAACAAAGUGUUAGAGCAGUUCCAGACACACACAGCAAGUACGCAGUAUAGGUUGGCUGUGAUAGUUGUAGUUGUUUUUAUUGCCAUCUCCUAGGGCAGAAUUAUUCCACUCGGUGCCAGUGAUGGAGAUGAGCUUUCCCCCUUUCCUUGGCUUGUGUGGGUGGAGACGGAUCUGGGCUUUCCAGGUGGGUCUGGCUUCUAGCCCUUUGUGGGGUCCUCCUACUGACAGGCUGCUCUGCCCCUCGGGGCUGGGGUCCCUGUCCCCAAGGGGCUGCUGUGGUGCCCAGAGCAGAGUCUGAGUUUGGGGAUUUCAGGGGUCCUCUGUUCUAGUCCUUCUGCUACUGUUCACUGGGUGGCCUUGGGAAGUCCCUGCCCUUUCUGAGGCCCAGGCCACGUACCUGGCUCUGCUGGGCAGAGACGCAUGGCAGACACACUGAGGGGGGCUCUGAGGCCUUUAACUGGGUGGCCAGUCCCCUAGCUCUAGGGCUCAGGCUUGGACUGGGCCUUAGGAGAAAGAUGGUCCCAGCCAGCCGGCAUGUCCUAGACCUCAGGUCUCCUGCCUCAAAUCUAGUUAGCAAGACUCCUAUCUGACCCCUAGUUUGGGCCCUGGGCAUAGGGGCCAAGUGUUUCUCCCUGUGGGUGUCCACCUGCCUGAGCUCUGGGGCACCCUCCUCCCUCCUGGCCCAAAACCCCUGUUCCACGAACAGCAGUGCCCUGGUCCCGUGCCAACUGCUCCAGCUGCUUAGGUCUGGAGGGGAGCGAGGAGCAAGGUCCCCCCACGGCUGGCACUCUUGUUGCCAUGGUAGCAGUUGCCUUGGAAGCCACUUCCCCGGAGUUUAGCUUCUGAACAGUCUGGGAAAGCUGCCCGUCCCCCAGGGGAUCAGUGCAUUAAUCACGCUCUUUUCCAGGGUCCUCACCUCUCAAGGAAAAUAAACAGAACUAAACCACACUGAGGCCUUCCACCCACUCUUCCUCCCCACCCCAGGCCAGCCUUGGACUUGGCACCUCUGGGAAAGAAGGAGCAGAGGCAGGCACUCCAACCCCGGCCUUGCCCAGAGACAGAGAUGACCCAUGGCCUAUACAGCCCCCGAGUCCAGAGGCCUGGGGGACCCAGACUUCAGCGAGGAGGGCUCUGAUGCUCGCAGGGUGGGGAACAGGUGGGGUGAUCAGUCUCUAGUGACUUGGACCUCCAUCUCCUUACCUAUUGUAGGAAACACAUCACCCAAGGACAGGCUUGUAUUUUCUUUUUCACAGAUGAAACAGCCUAUAUUGAGGAAAGAAUUGGCAAGCCUUCCUCUCUAUAUUUCUAAUCAAUGGAAGAGUGGGCGUCACAAAGGUUUUAAGAUAACCAAUGGAUGAAUGGGCAUCCAAAGGUUUUAAGAAGCCUUUAAUGACACUCCCCUGUCGUGAUGGAAAAAAUGGAGGCCUUGACUGAACACAGUGCCUCCCUCUGAUGGUGGGGUUGCCAAUUCCUCCCACCUCAAAUAAGACAAUUUAGAAAUUCAGAGACAAAGAAAUGCUAGAGUACUUCUGAGCUGAGCCGGGAAUCUGGACACAGGUUCUCUCAAGGUCUCUGGGGCAACCCUUCCUUUCCCCAUGCCUCAGUCUCCCCAUCUGUUCUAUAAAGGAGCUUGCAUGGAUUUGUAGUUCUGUGAUCUUGUAACUGAUAAUGGCUUCAUGUGUCUCUCCUCCGUAUUUCCUCCUCUGACUUUGUGCCCUGAGGAAUUUACAAUGUCAAAAAAACAAAAACAAAAACAAAAACCCCAAACCCUCUAAUUUAGCCUUGGUCUCCAGUUUUUAGAGGUCAGAGUAUUCUUCUGGAAGCUGAAACUCACAAUGUGCAGGCCCUCCUGACUCCAGCCUCUGCCAUCCCCAUCCCCCUUCACCAGAUGGGCAAAGUGAGGUUCAGGCGGUGGAGUGGCUGGCCCAAAACCCACAGUGUGAGGUGCCUGUCUCACUGACGGUGUGGGAGCCACCCUUGGCUUUACACCCUGCCCAGCCUGAGUUAUGCAAACACUUAACGGGGGUGAGGGCUUUGAGAUUCCCAAAGCUCAAAAUCUCAGAACACAUUUUCAUAAACAAUUAUUUUGACAGCUCUUUCUAAAACUAGUAAGUGGGGGGGUCAAUUAUGUGUGACAGAGACAUGGGCUGUCAUUUGAUGCCUAAUUAGAGGAAUAAUCAGACCUCAUCCUGGAGAGAAGCACAGAGAACGUUGGCAGCAGCCGCUGUAACUGGGGAAUGCCCACCUCCAGGGGCUUCCUCUUCUGGGGCCCAGGGACACAGCCUGGGGCCCCCUGGUGCUCUGCAGUCACCCCUCCUCUCUAUGUACCUUUGAGUUCAUACCUGUCUUUGCCUCAGGCUUCUCUCCAGCCUCCUGGCAGUGCCUUCCCUCAGCUGAAGCUCAGUCAGGUGACCCUGGCCUUCUCAGGCCCCCACCCCCACCCACGAAAAGCCCCUUGUUAGAGGCAGAGGUCCCAGGGUGCCUGUAGCCUUCCUCUUUGAGGACCUGAGGUGGUCAUGCAGGUCUAAGCCCUCCCUGAACUCUACCUUUUGUUCAGAAGCCUCACCCGAGUCCCUUCUAGCCAUGGCAUUCUGUGGAGCUCACUCUGAGUCUGCCCUUGAGGGGCUCACAGUCCACAGAGGAGACAGAGGAUGAGGUCAGAUGGUGGGCACUUCAGCAUGGUGGACACAGGAGCAGCGGUAGGCAGCAACCCCCCCCCCCCCCCCCGCCUCAGGCAUGGUCAGGAACAGCUCCACAGAGCAUGGGCUGACCAAGCAGGGUCCUGCAGGAAGGAGGCGUUCUCCAGACAGCUAAGCAGACAUUCAGCAGAAGGCAGCAGAGAAGGGGAAGAGCAAGGGGCAGGGGGUAGCUAUGGAGGUGGAGGACCUUGGCCUGGCUAUGCUGGGUGGCAGACAUCAUCAGGGAGACAGAGGCACACAAAGAGAGGCCAGUGGGGCCAGUGAUGGGACGCUGGGAACAGUGCCCAGGUGCCUAGGUGCAGGCAUAGGAGCAGGCCCAGAUUCUGGGAUCGGGGAGGUCCUUAUCCACAAAGGCCCAGAGACUGCAGUCAGUGGCGAGGGCUGUGUCUGGGGUGGGAUAGGGCUACAAAUGCCCAGCCUCUAACUGGUAGGUACUGCAAGUAGGUCAGAUAGGCCGGGCAGAGGAGGUCGAGAGGUGCCAGCCAUGUCCCUAUCUCCUGACCCCGGCUGCUGACACUCCACCCCUGCCAAUCCUCUCCCCAUAUUUAUCUUCCUCCUAUCUCAUGCCUCCCCACCCCUGCUCUUCCCUCUCAGCCCCCUACCAGGGAUCCCUCCCAGCCCACUGGCAACUAAAAGGGGGGUGGGUACCAAACCUACUUGAGGAGAAGGAGGUCCCCUGAGAUCAGCCUCAAAUCAGGACCCCUCAGCCCUGCUCCCCUUAGGAGACCAGAGGUUGACAGGCUGGGGGAGGAGCAAGGGGGCAAGCGUGAACCUCUUUUUCUCCUCCUGUCCCAGUCACUGUUCUGGCCUCUGAGCCUCCUGUAGGCCCCCUGUGUCUCAUGCUUGUGCCUGUCUCCGAGUCCCCGAGCAGAGGUCUCGCGUGCCAAAUGGCCGAAGACAGCAGGGUGGGCCCUGAGCAUGUAGCCGGAGAGUCUCCUCGCGUCCCUGGCCGCUAAACCCCGCAUGAAGCCACCAGUCCACCCUGCCCCCUCCAGCAGUGGAACCCGGGCUGCGUGCCCUCGUGGGCAUCUGGGACAGGUGGCAGCUCGUGUUGCAGUCUCAUGAAUAACUCAGGACCUCCCUGCUGUCCGCUUCUCCGAGAAACCCGUGUCCCCUGGACCAACCUCCCCCACUGCUUUAAACUUUAAUAGGCCAAACUUUAAUAGGCCAAGGCCCAGGGGCAGCCAAGCAGGUUCCAGGGAGCUAGGGCAGGAUAUCCUGAGCAGGAGAGCUCAGGCUAAGCUCUCCCGAGAGGAAGCUAACAGGGGAGAACCCUGUACAGCAGGCCCGGCUCUCCAGAACUCUGGCAGCCAAGGCAGGAUGUGGCCAGGCAGGAGUCCCAAGAGUGGCCUCCACAUUCAGGGGCCUUCCGGGGAGGAAGAGUAGGCUGGGGUGACCUGGCAGGGAUCCUAGGUCAAGGUGUGGCUGGGGGCCCCUGGGAGAGCUGUGGGAUAAGGUUACUAGCCUCGACUCUUCCUGACCAGAAACUCCCACUCUGAAGGCGGAGCUCCAGCAAAGAUACAUCCAAGAGGGGACAGACGGUACCCUGGGUAGGCCUGCAUGGACAUCCCCAUCAGCAGCAGAGACUUCCGCUGCCUGCAGCUAGCCUGUGUGGCCCUCGGCCUGGUGGCUGGCAGCAUCAUCAUCGGUGUGUCCGUGUCCAAAGCUGCAGCCGCCGUGGGUGGCAUCUUUAUUGGCGCUGCCAGUCUGGGGUUCCUCAUCUUGGCCUACCCCUUUCUAAAGGCUCGGUUCAACCUGGACCACAUCCUGCCCACCAUAGGGAGCCUGAGAAUUCACCCCCACCCGGGGCCAGACCAUGGGGAGGGAAGAUCCAGCACCAAUGGCAAUAAAGAGGGAGCCCGAAGCAGCCUGUCCACUGUGAGCAGAACACUGGAGAAGCUGAAGUCAGGGGGCCGGGGAACUGCGGAGGGCUGAGGCAGGGCUGAGGGGUUACCCCCUACCCUCCCUCCCUCUCUGCCUGCUACCCUGAUCUCAGAGCCCUCCUGGGUCCGAACCAGAGGUGAACCAGGCCCUGGAGACACCAGACAUGCAUUCGCCUGAGCAAAGCUCUUGAAAAUGGAUCCCACGUGGCCGAGAGCAGGGCCUGAAGCAAAGGUGUCACUGGAGGUUCCACAGGGGACCCUUGUAUCAGGCUUUUGAUGCGGAUUUUCUCUCUGGACUGCAGCUCAGCAGGCUUCCCUUUUUGAUCUACUGACUGGUUUCUCUGGAAUUGGGGGCCAGAGGUACCUCAGGCCCUUGCUCCAGCCUGGCCACAGAAAUGAACCACAGGCUGACAGGAGCCACAGACAGGAUCCCCUCAGCCCCUGAGGCUUGGCCCUGGGCUUCUAGAGUUCACUGGCUAGAUAGAAGGGCUGGAACAGAUUCUUUCUGGGUAUCAAAAACUUUGGGCCACUCCUUAGGUACAGGCUUUCAGCAAUAGCAAACCAGACAGGAGCAUGUCCUAGACAAACAAAAUAAUCAUGCUGGGACAGGGGCCCAGGUAAGGCAGUGACCUAGAGGCUUCCAGGAGGAGGUGGCUCCUGAACUGAGUCCUGUCCUGAGACUCUUGUGUGUGACUCCACCAUCCAAGGCUUUUUGUGAUCUCACCCCAGACAAGACCUCCAGCCUUCCCUCUUGUUCCCUACCCUCUCACCGCUGCUGAACAAUCUCAAAUAUUCCAGCCUCCACACUUUGUCUUGUGUUCUCCUGGAGGCCCCCUACUCCUCUCUGCCUAUCCAAAGCCCUCAUCUUGAAAGGCACAGUUCCAAGGAUCCCCUUAACACAACACCCUCCCCAUCAUCUUCCUGCAGCCCAUGCCUCUCUCCCUCCACGGGGUCCAGGCAGGCUGAAGUCUCCUUUUUCAUAAAACAAUUAUUAAUCCUACUGAAACCUACUGUGCGUUGCCCUUUUCCAGUUACUGUCAGGGUACACAGUAGGUGCUCAAUAAAUGUUAGUGGCAUCAAUUUAACACAAAAACAAUUCCCCAAUCUUUCCCUGGAGAGUCACGUCAAGGCCCCAUGUAUCUUUGUGGUUUGGGGCAAGGAGGACCUGGCCCACGUGUGUGUGGCUAUGCAGAAAACAUUGUGCCUCCCUCCACACCACUCCUCACUCACCUACACCCUCAAGGUGGAGCAGGUGUUUGACCUCUACAGAGACAUCUGCUCCAUGUGGCCUCUGUUCAUGUUUGUGAGCAAAGGACAAGCUAGGAAGAGUCUCAUUCUUCAAGGACCAGUGCAGAUGACACCUCCUCUCAGAAGCCUCCCCUGACUGUGCUGUGCUCCCACAGCCCAUAUCAUUCUGAGUGGUCUUUGUCACCUUCCUCCUCUCAAGAGCAGGGGCCAGAGGACGUACCCAGCAGACGUUGCAAAACCAAACCAAAAGUGGGAGAGGCCACUUCAUUGUACAGAUGGGAAAGCUGAGGCCCUCCAGAAAAAAGGACUCAUCGAGUCCCGUGGUGAGAGGUUGUGCAGCCAGGCCUUAUAGUCAGGGCUCCUCUCUCCCCACCCAAGGCUCUACCCUCUGCUGUCCUUGGCACAGAGACCAGCUCCCUGACCAGAGUGGGACAGACCUCCACUCAUAAAUGCUGGCCAGUUGUGGAGCCUGUGGUUCCUCCAGCCUGAGGGAAGUCCCCCUCCUUCUAUUUCCCUCCCCUCCACCUCCCUCCUGCCUGAUCACUUACCCUUCUCCACUCCCUCAACGUCAUUAUCAUCAACAUAACUUGGGCCCAGCGGCCCCUCCUUGCUCAAUAAGGAAACCCUUCCUCCUGCCCAUCUUUAAUCCUUACCUGAAGCACCCUGAAAGAUGCCCAUGGGUGGAAGGGGUGGGAAGGGGGGAAGUGGAACCUGGGCUGUGGGGAGGGUGGUAGCCCUUGGCCCACCACCAACGCUUCCCCAACACGAUCUCCCCAAGGCAGGGCUAUCGCAUCUUCAAUGCCUGGCAGAGCCCGGCACAGAGUGGUGUGGGGAUCAGAGCAGAAUAAAGUAAGGAAUGAACACAUAAAAAGGCAAGGGCUAUGUCCACUGGGGAAGAACUAGGCAGAGGUCCAAAGGACCCUUGAAACUGUGGGAGUCUUCAGGGCCUGAAACCCCGAGACCGCCUGUCCCCCAGUCUAAGUGAAUGUCCAGAUACAUCCUCCCAAGUGCAUACUGCACCCCAAUGCCCCCACUCUCUCAGCCUGGUCACAGGAGUGGUCCGUGUGGAGCUCAUGCCUUCACCCCCUUUGGAAGGUGAGUUUGGGCCAAGUAGGCAGGGUGAUGUGGUGGGUAGUGUUAGGGAGGAAGUGCCCUCUCACCUCUGAGCAGCUCCAGAACCCUCCAGUAUUUCAGUGGGAGUGGAUGUGGGCAUGGACAGGUCAUUGGACCGAGCUCUUCCAGUGGUCUGUUCAAUAAAUGAAAUCAGUUCUGUCUGACAACCCUCAA